AGCCUAAUUUAUGUAUGAAUCGAUUGGACGCUGUGAUUCCGAGGGAAAAGAGGGAUGGUAAAAGAGGAAAAACACCAAAACGUUUGCGCAAUUGCAGUGCUGGUUUAAAAACACGGAUAUAAUUCUCGGUUUGAAUUAGAAGGUCGUGUUUGUGGUCAGAUCGCGCCUGUUUGAUGGCUGCUGGUUUAUCAGUCAUUAGUGAGUGAAUGAAUCUUCGAUUUCAUCUCACAUUAACAAGCAUGUGUUCGUACUACAGUGUCAGACAGAGUACAUCGGUGUAAACGCGACAGUGUUGUGGAGAUCAGGGCGGAAUGGCACCGCGGUGGAUCACGUUCAUCGCUUUACUGUGGGAGUUCCAGUGCUGCAUGUGCCGUGAGGUCACUCUUCCCGCCGGUCCACUGUACCGGGUCGCCGGUUUUUCGCUGUCCCUGCCCUGCACCGUUUCGGGAUAUGAAGGCCCGCGGAGGCAGGACUUUGAGUGGUUCCUGUACCGGGAGGAUGCUGGGACUCAGCACAUCGGUGUGGUGUCCACGCGAGACACAGGGUUUCCCUAUGCGCCGUUCCAGGGUCGCGUACAGGCGGGCGAGGUUCGGGUCGAGAGGGACUCUGACGACAAAGCCAGACUGGUAAUCCAAAGGCUCCGUCCAGAUGAUCAGGGCCGUUAUGAGUGUUACACGCCCAGCACUGACUCACGCUUCCUGGGGAACUACAGUUCAUCAGUGGGAGUCAAAGUGAUUCCAGACACGCUGCUGAUAACACACACUCGCAUUCUGAGCGGCCAACCUGUUAUCGAAGGCACGGAGCUUCAGCUGACAUGCGCAGCGUCCGUCCAAUCAGAUCAGCACACUCACGUGUCCGUCACAUUCGGUAUGCGGGGCAGCAGGGGGGCGGAGUCUCUGGGUCACAACCUGAGAGAAAUCAUCGCCAUCGACCGUGAGCUGCGCGUGACUCCGGGCCACAGCGGCGGUUACGGAAAGAGAUACAGAGAUGGAGAGAUCGCUCUGGAAAAGCGGAAAGGGGACGGAGGCAGGGAUCUGUACGUGCUGAAGAUGAGCGCUCUGGCACCGGAGGAUUCUGGGUCAUAUUUCUGCGAGGCUGUGCAGUGGAUCAGAGAUCCGGAUGGCCAGUGGGAACGCAUUGCGCAGAGGACCAUGGAGCUCGGGAAUCUCACCGUUCAACCACUUGUGGACACGCUGACGGUGCGCUCGGCUCCAGGCGGUGACGUCUCGCUGCAGCCCGGCGCUCCUCUCAGCCUCACCUGUCAGGUGUCCGGCGUGGGCGCGUGGAACCGCUCGGCGCUGCUCGUCCAGUGGAUGCGGCGCGGGCCGACGGGCGGUGUGGAGGUGGAGGUGGCGCGCAUGGGCCCCAAUGGCGUGGUGACCUGGGGCGAUGAUGUCAGCAGAGCGGGAGGCGGCAGUAUGGAGAAGGAAGCCGAAGGGAGGUUCUCUCUGCGCCUGUUCUCCGUUCACCCCGCUGACGCCGGACUCUACCGGUGCGCCGUGAGCGUCUACGCCGGGAAACAAACGCCAGGACCGUCGACUCCCGCAACGAUCACUCAGAGAUCAGAGUGGGUCACUGUGAGCCUGAAGACUGAAGAUGUGCGUGUUUCUGCCAGCAUUGAUCUACCUCGCCGGCCGCUCCUGAGGCACGGCAGUACGGUCACCCUGCUCUGCAACAUCUCUGUGGAAACUACCGCUUCUUCACAAGUGGAGGUGCAGUGGCUUCAGAAGCCAGAGGAACCCGUGGGAAAAGACCUCACGUUUUCUGAGGACAGCAGAGGCCGCCUCAUAGCGACCCUGACCUACGACGGGCUCACGCGGAUCUACAGCAACGGCAGCGAUCUGAGCGUCGACCGCGUGUCUGCCGCCUGCUACAGGUUAAGAAUCUUCUCAGCCAGUGAAGAGGAUCAGGGACACUAUCAGUGUCAGGCGGAGGUUUGGUCGCAGGAUCCGCGCGGCGGAUGGUACAAUACAGGUGCGAGAGCAGAGUCGGUGACCGCACACCUGUACCUGUACGCACGAGUUGCUGAUCUGCUGCUCAUUCCUCUCGUGGUCGGCGUGUCGUCGGCGCUGUUCGUGGGUGUGUUGAUUAUUGCGACGGUGACGUGCUGCUUCAUGAAGAGACUGGCUAGACAGCGCUCUCACAUCAGGAAGUAGGAAGUAUGAAAGAGACUUUCACGGAAAACCAGUGAGAACAAAGACUUGAUUGGAGCAAAGAACGGGUUUUAAACAGGUAUUUUGGCAGACUUGACGUAAUGUGAACUCUCAAUUGGAAUCGGCAUCAGAACGAUACUGAUGAUGUAAUGGAUCGUCACGUUAUAUUAACCCAUAUGUGGAUGUGGACACAAACGCAUGUAGAUUCACUUCAAGCUGUGACAUUGUGAUCUGCACUGUUUCCGUUCGCUUUGCUCAGAAUGAAGGAGAGGACGUCACAUGGUGGAUAUAAACCACUCCCUCGGUUUAAACUAGAACCUGAAUGUAGUUGUUUUGGAGAAUUAACAGAACCACUAAUAGUAAACCCACAGAAGUCCAGCACUGAAGUCACUCACUGUUUUUACAGUGCUAUAAAAUGUGCUCAUAAUUCAGUGUCAGAUAAACAGAAUACAUGUUCGUAUAAAAUACUUUUAUGGCACUUUACGGCAUGCCAUAGUUUUUCACCUUUUCACUUUUUGUAUUCAAAAAGUGUAUGAAAUAUAUUGAAUAUAUUGAGCAGUUCCUGUCAAAUGGGAGCGAAUUCCUCCCUAAUGCACGCGUUUGUUCCACAGUGACGUGUUCUUAUCGUUAGAUCUUAUAACAAUUUUUUUGUUCUACAUUGUGAAUGGUGAAUUUUACAAGAUUAAGAAAUGUCCGGGCCAUAUUUUAACUCAAAUCUAAAGAAAAAGAAUUGCUUUUGGUCGUAAGUUUGUGUUUUGUUUUUUUUUGCACAGUUUACAUAAUAUUUUCAUGGAAAUGUAACAAAUAUAAAACAAAUUAAAAUAAUCAUUUUAGUAAAACCCCCCCAAAUAAUUUACAACCUAUAUAUAUACACGCACACAUCUAAUUUUACAUCUAAUAUAAUACAUCUCAUUUUUUUUCAUAAAUUCAGUGCAACAAUUGCAGUGAUUGUACUAAAAACCUAUAAUUGUACUUAAUAAUUGUAUUUAAGAAAGUAUAAAAUAAUAUAAUUUUGUAAAUGUAUAAUUUUUGCAUUACAGUAAUGAAAAUUGUGGGUGAAAAAGUGUUUAAAUAAUGUGAAGAAAAUCUUUAAAAGACAAAUAUACUUUUUAAAUUAUAUUUUCGGUCUUAAGUUGUUGUUUUUUUGUUUUUUUUUGUUUUUUUGCACAGUUUGCAUAAUAUUUUCAUGGAAAUUUAACAAAUAUAAAACAAAUUAAAACCAAUUUACAACCUAAAUUGGGGGGGGGUGAAAUACGGCCCUGACAAUUCUUGUCAUUUUUGUGAAAUUCACCUGAGUCCAAUAAAUGAAUGAUCUCAGUGAUCAGAACCACUGAGUAACAAGGGCCCAAUAAGCUUUGAGGAGUUCAGAGCGACAGUUUACCAUGUUACCUAAAGGUACCAACAAAAAUCACUUUACCUUAAAAACACACAGAACUGAGAGGAGAGAAGCUCUGGAGCGAGACGGCUCUCCUCUCAUAAUGAUAAAUGAACUCGCUCCUGUAAACACGACGUGAGCUUUGAGCCGAGAGGUGCUUGAAAUGCCGUUCAGGCUGCCAGGAUUUCCAACUGCACUUACAGGACCAAAGUGGGACAAGGACCAAAUCUUGUACAUUUGAAAAUCAUCCUAAUGUUAAACCGCUCUUCUGCAUUACUGUAACUGUACUGUUUUGUGCAUCUGGGUCAUUCUAGAAAACAGGUGCCUUUUGUGUCCAUCAUUAACAUGUGAAUAAUGACUUCAGGAAUUAAAUAAAGUCUUGAAGUUGUUUUCCGGGCUAAAAUAUUGUGCCGUUCCAUAAGUGAACUCGGCGUACAGUCUCCACUUUAAUCAAUAUCUUAGCUUUUUUUAGAAGAUGAUCUAAAACUUGUGACUGUAAUCUAUUUUAUAUAGUAAGUGUUUUUGAAAAAUGGAUGUUUUUAGAAAAAUGACCCACUUACAUGUUGUGCCUGUUUUAAAGGCAUAGUUAUAUCCCUCCAUUUAUUAAUGUAGCUUGAAUCAGUUUUUCGAACCCGUUUCAUAGAAUGACCCAUUUGUUAAAACAGUGUGUUUGUUUUUUGAAGGAAUGGAUGAUUGGAGGACUGUUUUUACUGAUACUGUCUUCAUUUUCUCCAUGCAUUCACCAAAAUAUGGGUUAGACGGUAGGUUAGAUAGAUGGACUAGAGAUGUUCGUGGUUUUUGAGUCUCAGAAUCGUUCGGCUGAUGUGAUUUCUGCAGCUGGUCUCUCUGGGAUUGUACUAAUGUGAAAGCCACAUUAACAUCAGGGAUUCUGUGUUUCUGUACUUAUUUACAGCGUUCAGACGCUGAAAUCUGAUUUAUCCUCUUAUGCCACGUGACUAAACGCUGAAUGACAGUCAACAGAAUAUUAAUCCUCUUGUUUACGGUCCGAAACAUCUCGUGUCAUGCUGACUAUUUCAGACAGUAGCCAUCUUGUUCUUUCCUCAGUUGUGCUGUUACAUGAUUUCAAUAAUUACAGCAUUAAUGCUGUGAUAAAUUGUGCAUGAAAUGCUCAAGAUUUGCGUUGUUGAUCCUGUCGAUCCUGACCCCGAUUGUUUGAAUUUGGCUCAGAGUUGUAUGCUGGAUUAAAUGUUCUUAGCUGGAAACGAUCAUGCUGAAACACCAACGUUUGUUGUCUUACCUUUUUAUGUGCAUUACAUAAUAUGCAGUAAUGAAUGCUCAUGUUUGGUUUUGAAGCUGUAACACUGUGUUUUCUUGCACUGCGUUUUGUGAGAUUUUGUAGUCGGUGGUUUUAUUGUCUGCUUCUGUUUUGAGGUUCCUGAAUAAAACAUGCCCUGAUAAGA